UAAGUGCCCACUUGGUUAGGUGCAUUACAAUUGGUAUUCGCCACAUUGGUCUCAGUUGCGAUGGACAAAACUUUAGGGCGAACAUUGUUGUUUUCGACGACGCUUUAAAAAGUGAAAAAAAACGGUCUACUUCAGCAAAAUCAAAUAGUAACGGUCGACGCCAAAACUAGGAACAUUUUCCCGGCACAAUACUGCUCAAAAGGCAAUCGUGACUGUAGAAUUGCUGGUAUUGCUGUCGAACAAUGGACAAACUCAGGAAAUUUCGUAUGACCGCCGAAAGUCGCCAAUCCAAACAAAUGGACGCCAACAGUAACUGUGUUGUCAAAAGCAAAAAGAAAAAGCUGAACCUGACCAAAGAGCUGAUCGGGGGCAUGGCGCAUUUCAAAAAAAUAAUGACGACGGGUUUGCAGAAAAAGAACAAGAAAAUAAGUUUUCUAGAUCCGACCAAUGGAGAAAAGAUGAAAGUGGACUGCGAGGACACUCGGAUGACCAAACGGUUGUGGCACGUAAGCCUGAAAACUUUGGAGGAGCUGAUCACGAGGGAGAGGCGCCACCGACAGGAGUACGCGGUCAACCUGGUCCGGCACCUGGACAGGCUGCGCGAGUUGGACAGAGCCAAAGGAGAGUACGCGGAACAGCUGAAACAGUCGUUGGCCGACGAGGACAAAGCCAUCGAGGCGUUGCGCACGGACAUCCGUGCGGCCAACGAAGAGUUCGACAACCGCAGACGGUGGUUCUACCGGUUCUAUCUGGAAACGUUCGGCCGGUCGUCGUUGCUCGACGCCGCCAAGGCUUUCGAGGCGGCUUGCGAAGAGGCCGCGGCGGCCGCCGAAGCCUCGUCGACGGCGGUCGUGUGCGAGACGGACGCCGAAACAGCGGCGGCCGCGGCUGCGGUGUCCGACAUGGCCAACAGCCUGCGCCGACGGAUCCGUUCGUUGGCGGUUGAUGCGUCCACAAAGCUCACCCGCGACGCCUGUCCGUCCCGGACGGAAAUCGUCCAGACGGCUGCCCGGCGAUUGUCCGUCGUGCCCACCGUAGCGGCGCCCAUACAACCUCGGGACGGCGACAAAAACUUCCUGGCCGUAUGGUACGCGGCUGUGUCGGCGCACCAGAGCAAUCGAACGCUCGAGUCGACGGUGGACGCGUUAGACCACCAGACGGACGUGCUGCGAGACCGCCUAUCCGACGUGACGGCUCGGCACGCGGAACUGAGUGCUAACAAAUACGGCAGACAGACCGAGGCCGUCGUACUGGACGACUUCUAUGCGGUCACUGAAGAGAUCAACGCGCAGCAGAUGAGGAGCUUGGAGUUUAGCCGCAUAUUCGCAGUGGACAACGAUCAGCUGGCCGAGGACAUGGACAAGAUUCAACAGCUCAAGGACAAAAUAGCCGAGAAGAAAAAGACCAAAGAAAAGUUGCUCGAACAGACCGGCGGCCUGAAAUGCCAGCUGGACGAGUACAAGGGUCAGUACGAGGAGCUGUUGACCAGAAAGAACCGGUUGACCGAAGAUCUAAUAAACGUGCAGAAGUCGCCCAGCAAACUCCUCGACCAGUCCGAAUUGUCGCACUUCCAAGCGCUCAACCAGCACCGGGCUUUGCACUUGAAAGAACUGAAAAAGCAAUACAACAAACUGACCAAUAAGAGAGACGCGUUAAAAACGAAACUGUACAAAUAUAACCAAACGGUCAAGAACACUCCCAACCGGACCAACCCGAAACCAUGACCGCUCGCCGUCCAUACCGUUGUCCCAUUUAGAUUACAAUGAUUAUUAUUAUAUUCUCAUGUCUACCAUUAAUAUUAUGUUUAAUUUUGUACUAUUAAUUUGUUUAAAUUUUCCUAUUAUUUAUUGUUUAAUUGAACUAAUAUGUAAAACAAUUGUUUUCUUUUUUUUUUCUCAUAAUUAUCUGUAUUAAUUGAUUAUUGCAUGUAUAUAUAGUAUUUAUUUUUGACAUUUAUCUCUAGGGGAAU